AUUGCUAGUGGCGGCCGACGGCAGAACUCAUAUUUCGAAGCCAGGUUGGCCCAGAUCGUCGAUAUUACCUGAGCCACGGGGGUAUCUCAGUUGGGACAAGAGAUGGGGAGUCUAGCCUGCCAUUAAGGAUAAUAGGCGUUUACCUUAGACGUUGAUAUAACGAGCAUACGCAAGGGGCCAGGUGGCAGACGAUGAGUUUGGACAAUAUUGAACGUGCUCAGCAGGUCUGUCUGACUUGCAAAAGUCGAAAAAAGCGCUGUGAUAAAGUGGUCCCUAUUUGCGGAUACUGUUCCAAGCGAGACCUGCAAUGUUGCUAUGACUAUCCGCUUGUCACCCAGGAGGAUAGUGUGGUUUCGGCCAGCCAUUCAGCUUCAGCUUCAUGCCAAUUGAUUCCACAGAUCGGCCAGAAUUCGACAUGUAGUGUUCCGGCCCUAUACCCUUUAUGGAUGCAGCUGAACUGGAUAUCCGAUCCACUACCGAUGGCACUCGAUGUUAUGUUGGAUUUGCAAGUGCGACAAGUGAUUCAGUCAACGAAUUUACCCUUCACAGAAAUCUCCAGUCGAUUUUUUAGAGAUUUCCACAGAUGGCUUCCAGUUGUGUGCCCUCGAUUGUUCUACGAGACUGCCAGGAAAGAUGAGGAUAGUCCUCUACCUGCGGAUUACUCGGUCCUCGUUCUUUCUAUGUGCCUCAUUACAUUGCAUCCACCAGCUGGAAUCUUGAACCCACCUGUAAGUCCGAAGGACCUUUAUUUGAGGGUGAGGAUGAUAUUAGCCCAUGUCCAGAGCGUAAUCUGCGCUUCGCCAUCCCUCAUACAAGCCAGUCUCAUCCUUGCUGCAUACGAGUACGCAUAUGGACGGCCAGAUACGGCCCUCAUAUCUGUGGGAACUUGCUCUAGAAUGGCUCAAAGUAUUGGUAUUGAUAAGGGGAGUAGAAACGGAAGUGAACGGCAAUUUUCCUGUGAGCUCAGGCUAAGAACUCUCGAGGAAAGGAAUAUAUGGUGGGGUGUUGUGGUCUUGGAAAGAAUCAUUUUGUGUGAGAUUCCACACAGUAAUCUAAGGCCUACGACUAAAUAUCCAGGAAAGAGCGCGCCUCUACCGUCUGACCUAGUACCUUUGCAGAAGCUCGAGGAAUCGGUAUGCAGUUAUGGGUCCUGUAAUGCGCCUUCACUAUCCGAAAUACACGCCGAACAUGUGAGCAGUUUUGGCCGCCGAGCGCAAGCCGUAUGCCUACUUGAUCGGGUCCUAAGUAACAUAAACUCUGGCGGAGAAACCGUUGACUUUCUGGAGCUGGAGAAACUUGACAGAGAGAUAUUGUCUUUCCUAGAAGUUGUCCUUGAUGAGUGUGGCCGGGAGUGGGGACAACACUGCCCAGCAGUUGCAUCUACUAUGAGGGCUCUCUUCCUCUUGCAUCAAAAUAUCCUUACAGGGACUAUGGUCUCUGCAAAAGAAGAAAUUGCAGCACAACAAGGGCAGAAUUCUCUGCGUGCACUAAAAACAGUGACAAAGAUGAUGGCUGAUGUGGCAUAUGACCAUGUGUCUCAUGUUGCAUUGCAUAACAACGUCGACGCUUUACCACUUUGCUGUUCAUAUAACCUUCAAGCAGCUAUACAAGCAUCUAAUGAGUCUCGUCGGCGCACCGGGUGUGGUCUGUCCUCUAUAGAACUGGAGUCUCUAAUGGCACUAGAUAAAAUCUUCUGUAAGCGGUGGAAACCCUCUUUAUCAUGACAGAUUUAGCGUACAUAUCUCUUGUCUUGCAGUUCUUGUACAAUGUCUCUAUGGGGGUCACUAGCGAUUAUAUUUAGAUGGGAUAUGAUGGGAUAUUGCCGCCUGAAUCACUGCAGGAACGCAAACGACAUCGAGUCCUAUUCCAUUCUUUCCCCCUGAUAGCCGCUGUCUGCGCGUAAAUGGAGGAAUUACACUCAAAUGAGCGGAUUACGUCAGGGAUUAUCAUUUCCUUUGACAAUCGAAGCAUCUAG